AUGUCUGACCCCUUCAAGGCUCGCACGCUGAAACGAAAGAAUGUCAAAGGGCUGGCUUUGAAUGCCCCGACUCCUCGAACAGCGCCUUCAGAUGGCGACUCACAGAUACCUGGGGCAUUGGGGAACUCAGAGAGCGAUCGGACAGACACUCUGGAGAUAGGGCUCGAGUUCAAACUUGACCUCAGAAGUGAAGAUCUUGUUGUUCUAAAAGAGUUGGGUGCUGGCAAUGGCGGGACAGUCAGUAAGGUCAUGCAUGCCUCGACGAAGGUGAUAAUGGCAAGAAAAAUAAUUCGAGUUGACGCCAAAGAGAACGUUCGGAAGCAGAUCGUCAGAGAAUUGCAGGUUGGCGCCGACUGCAGCUCGCCAUAUGUCAUUACGUUUUACGGGGCUUUUCAGAAUGAGGCACGUGAUAUCGUGCUAUGUAUGGAAUAUAUGGAUUGCGGGUCCUUGGAUCGGAUAUCGAAAGAUUUUGGGCCGAUUCGGGUCGAUGUUCUGGGCAAGAUCACGGAGUCCAUCCUUGGAGGGUUGGUGUAUUUGUACGAGGCUCACCGUAUCAUGCACCGCGAUAUCAAGCCGUCUAAUGUCUUGGUCAACUCCCGCGGCAUGAUCAAACUAUGCGACUUUGGGGUAGCCACGGAAACCGUUAACUCAGUGGCUAACACAUUCGUCGGAACGUCAACAUACAUGGCACCCGAACGCAUUCAAGGAGGAGCAUACACCAUCAAGUCCGAUGUUUGGAGCGUUGGCUUGACGGUAAUGGAGUUGGCGAUAGGGAGAUUUCCAUUCGACUCGACCGACUCUGCUGCAGGCGACAGGGCCAGUGCCGGGCCUAUGGGCAUUCUGGACCUUUUGCAGACUAUUGUUCACGAACCAGCACCUAAAUUACCGAAGAGCGAGGCCUUCCCCGCCAUUUUGGAAGAUUUUGUGGCAAAAUGCCUGCUAAAGAAUCCGGAUGAGAGGCCGACUCCGCGCGAAUUAUACGACAGGGAUAAUUUUCUGCAGGCCGCCAAAAGGACGCCUGUCGACCUGCAAGAGUGGGCUGUCUCAAUGAUGGAACGCCACAACCGGAAAUCAUAUUUGGCACCUCCCGCACCCAAAUCGCUCAAAAGUGAUGGCACGAGCUCGGACACGUCCCAUACUGCUUCGUCAGCAUCUACAGCUUCUUUUGCGCCCGACGCUCGAGGCACCCCAGUAACAGCGAAGCGUUAUGCCAGCCCUACUUCUGGGCACAUUCCAGUAGCACCUCCGCAGUUCGCUUCUCAAGGCACUCCGACAGGCUUUGUGGAAAGAUCGCCUCCCCCUCCAUUAUCGCUACAGCACCUGUCUCUCGAGACCAGGGAUGCACCAAACGGAAUAGGUCCGCGUGCAAAUCGCCUGGGGUACAGUGACCGAGACAACAUUCCAGAGCCUGCAUCGGCCAUUGAACCUUCCCAGAGACCCAUGUUUCCGCCCAGGACAAGUAGCAGCGGUAACACCAUGAACGGCAGGAACCAGUUAACAACCCCGGCAUUUUCUACGCGCCAACCUCCACCGACAGGACCCUUACCGGCUCCUCCCAUAAAGGAUCUGCCAGCCCCUCCAGCAUUGAGAAGCGCGGGCGUCGCCAGCCCGCGUCGACCAAGGUGA